CUUUCCUCAUUAAUAAAACAAUUGCACUUUUACGUCAAAAAAUAUAUUUUUAUUCUAUGAUUUAGAGUAUUACAAUUAUGAUCGUGUGACCACAGUCGUAUAAGGCCGAUUAUAUUUUAUAUGACUAUAAUUGCAACAUUCGAAUACUUCCUCAUUUGCGCACGCGCGCAGGAAGUUUAGUAAUAACAGGUACACUUUCCUAGGGGAAAGAUAUCUUUCCUCUGCUAGAUUUCUGGAACAUUUCGGGAAUUUGCGUUUUAUUAACUACUAGAGUAUACAUAAUGUAAAAACUUAAUAAACUUGAAUUAAAAAUAUCGUACAUUGGUGCACGGUAUUUAAUAUUCUUAUUUAACACACUUGACUGUACUAUCAUAUGUGGUUAUAUACGCAUAUGUAGUGUAUAUAUGUAAUAACUAUAUAACCAUAGUUUCAUCUAUAUUCUGUUCGUGUUCUGUUCUCUCAUAGUACUGUCGUUAAUGUGCGUUGUGAGUUCGUGAGAUGCUAGCCAGCUACGUUUAAAGAAAGCAUAGAUUGGUGUGGGUGUGCAACUGCUGGAAGGCAGCCGCACAAGUGAAAGGGUGAUGGCAAGGAGGAGUGGUGAUUUUCAGUGAUCUUUAACAAAUGGCUCUGUCCGAAGUGCACAAUUUGGCUGCAAUUAUCAGCAACAAUGGUUUUACUGUUAGCAAGAAUAAUGUGGUUGACCGCAAUAUCAACAUGUUGGAACCACGAAACAGUUAUCCAGCUGACAGAUGUAAUACAGAAUAUAAUUAUUGGAACUACGACUUAAUGGAAUGUAAUACACAAAAAAAUAUGAAUGUAGAAGAUGAAGAUAGUCAGGAUUUAAACAAUCCUAUGGUCAAUGAUUUAGUGUCAAAAAUUCUUGAUGAUGAUUCAAUUGUUGGUGACAACGCUCACAAUAUUAGUUAUAAUGGCAAUAUUCAAUAUUAUUCAGAUACUCAAUCCUGUAUUAUGGAAAAUAGUACAGAUCCUCAUUUUACUAUGGAUCGUUUCAACAUGCAUUCAACAUUUAAUAAAUUGCAGAAUAAUGUUUCUAAUAAUGUUAAACCUGAAUGUAAUUAUAACAAUCUCUGUGGAGAACUCAAAACACUGAGUCUCAAUACAUGUGUAGGACAAGUAUCAGAUCAAGGAAAUUUAUAUAACAAUGGGAUUGGUGCAUAUCCUAAUACGUAUCCAUCUGAUUCACAAUCAUAUGUAUUACGUCCAAAUAGUGAAAGUUGCUGUGUUAGUGGAAAUACUAUGCCUUUAUGCAAUGAUUUAUUAACAACUACAAAUGAGACAAAUACAAGUAAACAGUCUAACUGGACAGAAAAUUUGUCAACACCAGGAUGCACAUCAGAUCUAUUUGGAAAUUAUCAACGAAUACAAAAUUGCACAAACCCAGAUCUUAAUUUGAACAUGGCUCUAACAUUGGCACUAGAUUCACCUGAUCCAAUUACUCUGAACGAAUUAGAAUAUCAUAAUAAUAUUGGACAGAAUGGAACUGCUAAUACAUAUAAUAAUCCAACACCUUCUAUGCAUGAAUUAUACAGCAUGACUGCCAAUAAUCAAAGUUAUAGACCAAGUUCAGCAAUGACUGAUUUGAGUAUUGAUUCUGGCUUUCUUUCAAAUUCUCCAUUACAACAUUUUUCUCCAGCUGAUACAAAUUUGCAUAAUUGUUUUGGGAAUAAUAUACAACGGAGUAAUGCUAAUGAUUAUAAGGAUUUACAUGACUCAAGUAGAUUAAGCAUGGCAAAUAUCUCCAUACCAAAUGAGCAACUUCAAUUUUUGCAACAACAAGCUCGUAGCUACAAGUUAAAUCAAGCUGUGGACCAAGAAUUUAAACAACUAAUCGACUAUUAUCCAAGUGUAAGCGACUUUACCACAUCAUCGAUCAAUAAUUUAGACACAAACGAAAAUUGUCUUACUAAUAAUGAUUAUAGAAUUGAUAAUAAUUUACUGAAAAUUAUCAGUCCAAAAUCAAAGACUAUUGAAUCUAAGACAUAUUCACCAAUUGGAUUUCCAAAAAAUCUAAGUUCGCGUAACACCCACCAGUCAAUUGCAAAAUAUGGAUAUCACAAUUAUCAACAUUACACUGCCAAUAACGGCGAGACUUUAAAAAUGUUACCACAAAGUUCCACAUCUUAUCAGGACUUGAAGCAGCCUAAUAACACUAAUACGUAUAAGAUGGAAGGAUUUGAUCUUACCAAAGAAAUAGCUUUUCCUUCAGUAAGUCAUUUGACUAAUCAAAUCGCAGGGUCUUCAGUGAACAAAGAUACUUUUAAUUAUCUCAUGAAACAACGACAUCACAUGCCAAGAAUACAAAAUAGUCCUGGUAUUCCAUCUGCUGAUGUCCUCUUUAAUUCGGGAAUAGUACCAAAUCCUGGUACAGUAAGAUCUGGAGUAUUCCCACCAGUAAUGCCAGUUCCUGUACCACUUCCAGUUCCACGUCUAUUUUCUGUACUCUAUGGUGGAGGCCUGAGCCUUAGAAAUGGAAGUGGAGCAGCUAGACGUACAGCACCUUCAAGCAUAUUGCACUUCAGACUAGAGCAAACUUACGAACAAUUUAAACAAUUAGAGAAAGAACGAAAGAAAUGUGAAGCUGGGUUAGCUGCUCAUUUUCCUGGCAAGAGAGUGACAAGUGCAAAUAAUAUACCUAUUCCUCGCCUUCAAGGAAAUCCAUCACGUGUCGAUCGUUUAAUCAUUGAUUAUUUGAGGGAGCAUGCACGCGUCAUAACUUUGAUUGCAAAGAUGGAACGUUUGCGAGGGACCACGAUGAAUCAACGCGUACAUAAAGCUAUGGAGUAUUGGUUAGAAGCAAUAAAAUUUGUCCAAGAAUGUCGUAAACGAGAAAUCGCAAAUGCUACUAAACGCCAGAAAGAGAACCCACCGUGCAUUCUUGUAUACAAUGAUAAUGAUAUAUUAACAUUGGCAGCCAGUGUCUACGAAUUGACGAAGGCAUCUCGAUAUGCAAGAACUGGUAUGUAUAACGCAUUACAAGCUACACUAUUAUAUGAUUUGGAUAUAGAAAAGAAAGUCGUGGAAACUUCUAAAGAUCCAGUUCUUGUGAUAAAACGUAAUGAAAGUCAGAUAGCAGGUGACGUUGGCGAUUAUUCAAACUGUACCUAGCAAGAUUUUGAAAGCCGCUUUUCCAUUUUGUGCGACAAAACAUAGAUCCAGUCCAGCAGCUUUUUACUUACGUAUUCUGCGUUACGUUAAUGAAAAGCUUUUGCUGGCGUUUAUCAUAAUUUUAUCGCUGAGACAAAAAAAUGCCGCCCACUAAUUGCGAAAUUUUCAAAGCAUCAUACGGAAAAGUACGCGUACUUGCGUCGAAAUAGGAAAAUCGUAUGCGUGUCUACUUUUUACAAGUUAAUAUUAUAGGAACUCCAUAGUUUUCUACUGUACAUAUUUUUAUCCUACAGUCUUGAGAGUGUCAGUUCUCGGUAUACAAUACUUGUGAUCCAGUUAUCUAUCGUACAUAUGUCGCACUUUCAAGUGAUUUUGCUUGUUCUUUGCUAAUGUACUAACGAAAAGAAAACUUACGAACGUCGAUAUUUUUAUCUUUGGGUAUGUUGUCUUGCGUAUUUCACAUUGCCAAAGAUAAUCAUUUCAAAUUUAUUGAGGAUCCGAUACUCGUAGAAAGGAAAAACGGAGAACAAGAUUGCUCAGACGUACUAAAAGAAAUACAAAAAAAGAGAAAAAGAAAAAGAGAAAAAAGGAACGUUCGCCAGAAUCUCCGACUAUUACUCGUUUGCGUAUGUGUCAUAGGCUAGAUAAUAUAGGCUAAAUUUUAUCAAUAUAUUUGUUCAGAGUGCUAGGCAGUAAUUUCUUAGACUAGUUCAAUGUGGCCUUCCUUAAAUGUGUGACCCAGGAUGUAUAUCAGGUAGUCAAAAUACAUCUCGAAAACUUCGAAUAUUUCGAAAAACUGAAGAUGCGAUGCGGCAAACUUAAAUCUCAGAUCGGGUGAGCUUUUCUUAAUCUGUGAAAUAUGUGUAGCCUUUGAUCUGAUUCGGUAUAUAGAUAUAUAUAUAUAAUAGAUAUAUAUACAACGGAAAUGAUGUCCAUUAUACUACACAUAAAUCUUUGUUAAAAGAGAGGACUUUUCUAACGCAUACUCGCUACACGCAUACACAAAAGCGUGCUCUGGCGUAACAUUUACGCACAGCACAUAGUCACAGUUACGUGUAAAAUAAAAUACAAAAUAUUCGUGUAUAUAAUUACACACAUAUACGUGGAAUAUUAUAUAUGUACGUAUACCUAUACGUAUACAUGUCUAUGUGUGUACGUGCACAUACCUAUGUGCAAGUAUACGUACAACUUGUAUAAGGUAUAUAGAGAAUUUUUAACGUGCAUACGUGAGACACAAAACUAUUCCUACAUACUUACUACAUGUACGUUCUAGGCAAGUUAAUUAGCUCUAUAACGGCCGACUUGCAAAGUUCAGCAUUUCCUCUACUCAAUAUUGAGUAAUCUCUUUCAUACUGAUGAUUUGUUAAGCUCAGGAUAUUUUAACGUUCCAACGUGCGUACGUACAAUUUCGUACGAAUUCGUUUUAUUAUAAUUUAAGCCGCGAUAUAAUCGCGCAAGUUCGAGCUCCACGAAAGCAUCGAACGUCGUUCCGUUCUACGUUCUUGAGAUGCUUGAACGACGAUUAUUUCCGUAUUCCUAUGAAAUUAUAAAACAGGUAUUCGCACAACGACGAGCAAGAGUACUCCGUAUUAGAAAAAAAAGGGGGAAAAAAAGAAAAUGUGAAUCUAUAUAAUGUCCAACACGUAGGGAUGACGGUAUGAUGAGAUAACGAAACUUAGGUGCAACAUUUUUGCUGUCCGAAGGUCUAACUUUCUUAAUAUCUAAGCUGUAUCAAUCGGCCUGUAUUGUGAUUAGAAAUACUCAGAAAAUCGGUUGUUGGUUAUCGAAUAUCGGUGAAGCUUUAAUAUAAUCAUCUCUGUACAUAUAUCCGUCAACUCCCAUUUAAGCUUCAUUGUGUACGUAGUGAUUCCCAAUGAUAAAAGGGGGAGAAAAACGGUGUGUUGGAUUAAUUUCUCCGAUACUUCUAUAUCAAUCUUAAGCAGGAGAGACAUUAGUAGCGAAGUAUUUAAUUUAGUUUCUAGCGAUAGUUGUUGUUACGAAUACAAUUUUCUGGCUGUCUUUGUUGCCGAUCACAUUAACGAAACAACGUUUCAGAUUUUCCACUAUAUUGUUCCUCUAUAUUAGCGCGUUUCGCGAAAUUGUUGAAGCUUUACAAAAAGAUUUUAUAUCGGUAUCGUAUUUCUUCUUUGCUCGAGACCACUCGCGUAUUGACUGAUAAUUUUAUCAAUUAUGUCCAUUUAUUUUUACAAGUUGAAAGAUACAAAUUUGAAUUUCACCGAUGGAAACGUGAAUUCGAAGGAAAGACUAUUAUGUAACGUGAAA